AUGUAUUUGGACAACGGGACUACAUUCAUCGGGGCGGACCGAGAGUUGACCGUUGCGUACCGAUCAGCAAUACGAGAUCCGAACUUCUUGAAUCUGACUGCCUCCGAUAACGUGUCGUGGAAUUUUAUUCCCUUCUCUGUCCCGCACUUCGGCGGAUUGUGGGAGGCGGGCGUACGGAGCAUAAAAACUCAUCUGCGCCGCGUGUUAGGUAAUCAUAUGCUAACAUUCGAAGAAUUCUCGACGUUAUUAUGCAAAAUCGAAGCGUGUCUAAACUCUAGGCCGAUUGCGCCCCUUUCCGAUACGCUUGAGGACUAUGAGUGUCUAACUCCCGGUCAUUUCUUAAUAGGAUCCGCGCUUACUGUAAACCCGGAACCAUCAUUGCUCGAUCUCAAUGAAAAUCGUCUUUCGAGGUGGCAGCUCGUACGACACGUUACCGAGCGAUUCUGGAAGCUAUGGAGUAACGAUUACUUAAAUACUUUACAACAAAGAGCAAAAUGGCGAAAGGUCAAGCCGCCGAUUAAAACCGGGCAACUUGUUUUGUUGCCUAAUCCGCUGUUACCCCCCUGCAAAUGGAAGUUGGGCCGAGUGACACGCUGUCACCCCGGCUCCGACGGCUUCGUACGGGUCGUCAUUGUGAAGACGGCCACCUCCGAAUUCAAAAGACCGAUUGUCAAACUGUGCGUUCUACCGGUCAAUAAUGAGGCAACGAGCAAUUAG